CUUCUCUCCUUUCAUCUGCUUUCGUCGCAGCCUACACUUCACCAUCUACCUGCACAACACGCCGUAGAAGCUGUCACUUGUGGUCACACACUUCUCCCUUACUCUGUCAUCGACGCCGUUCUCACGCACACGAUGUCAGAGCCAAAAGACAUCCCAGACACAUCGUCUGCUCCCGCCUCAUCCUCUGCUCCUGACUCCGCCAUUACUCCUCGUGCCCAACGUCGUGAUCUCUUCAGCACGCUCACCCCCCUACCAGCUCGUGAGGGUCAGCCAGCACUGAAUGCCUCAUCCAAUGCCGUGGUAGGCUCAGCUUCCCCCGCUGGUCGUCAACAUUCCACUGGCGAAGGCUCAACCGUCUCACGCUCCUCUUCCCUCCACGGAAGGAAAGCUACUGAGCCCGCCGUUGAACAACGUCGCUCCUCAUCUGGUCGUCGUGCUGGACCCUCUGGAGCAAAGUCACAAGCCAGCUCACCACCAUCCCCACAUGCCAUCCUCGGGGGACAAAAAUCGGGCUCAAGACACCUCUCACUGGGAUCAGCCACGACACGACCUGUUGCACCACUUUCUACUGGUCAGAGGACCGCCUUCGAAGAAGCCGUUGCUGCUUCCUCCCUCGCUUCUACAUCGAGUGGACUGCAAGCCCUGCUACGAGAUCACCCUGAACUAGUCUCUUCCGAGCUAGCAAAAGCUGCAGGGGAGAACUGGAGUCAGCUAAACGAGAGUGCUCGAGGGAGCAGGGUACCCAGCGGGCCCUCUACGCCCACGGGAGGUGCAAGGGGAACAGCGGGGACAGAGUCGGGUGCUGGAAGUGAGGCUGCUAGUGAGCACGGUGGUGGUGGGUGGCCAGGAGAUGGCUUGACUCCUGAUGCCCUGCGGGCGCAGGAAGGAGCGACGCCUACUGCCGCUAUUCCGGCUCACACCCUGGGAGGUGCUGGAGCCAAGCCUGACUAUUCCGAGGCCAAGAUUGUAGUUGCAAUGGUGGGACUGCCGGCGCGGGGCAAGAGCUAUCUUAGCAACAAGCUGAUGAGGUAUUUGAGGUGGCUCGAGUAUUCCGUCAAGGUUUUCAAUGUGGGGCAGCUUCGCCGGGCACUCGCAAGGGCCAAGCUCGCAAAGUCGGGCGAAAAGGAAGACCAGUCGGCGGCAUUCUUCGAUCCAGACAAUCCUGCUGCCUACAAGCUCCGAACUCAGAUGGCGGAAGAGUGUCUUGAGCAGCUCAUCUCCUGGCUAAAAAAAGGUGGAAAUGUGGGCAUUCACGAUGCUACGAACAGCAGUCGAUCUAGGAGGGAGGCACUGCAGAAGAGGAUAGACAGGGAGCCGGGCAUGAAGCUGCUAUUCCUAGAGAGCGUCUGUACGGACCCGGCAGUCAUCGCUGCUAACAUCGCGGUCAAGGUCUCGUCCGGGGACCCAGACUAUGACGGCAUGUCGCCCGAAGAUGCCAAGGCCGACUUCCUCAAACGCAUUGCACACUACGAAGCAUCGUACGAAUCCGUCGAUGCCAACGGAGAGGAGAAUCACCUCUCCUAUUGCAAGGUCAUCGACGUGGGUCGAUCGGUCACUGUCAAUCAGAUUCACGGCUACUUGGAGUCUCGCAUUGCCUUUUACCUCAUGAACCUUCACAUCACGCCCCGAAACAUCUUCUUCUCCCGGCAUGGCGAGUCGCAAUACAACGUCGAAGGGAAGAUUGGAGGUGACUCGUACCUGUCCCCUCAGGGCGAAAAGUACGCAGAAGCGCUACCCAAGCUGGUCCAAGAUGCAGUGGGCGAUGCCCCGUUGACGGUGUGGACAUCGACUUUGAAGAGGACGGCGCAGACGGCUGCUGGACUGCCUUAUCCGAAGCUGGCCUGGAAGUCCCUAGAUGAGCUCGACGCUGGAGUGUGCGAUGCGAUGACCUACGAGGAGAUUGAAAAGUACUACCCUGAAGACUAUGCCAGUAGAGACGAGGACAAGUUCAACUACCGCUACCGAGGUGGAGAAUCUUACCGAGAUGUCGUCGUACGCUUGGAGCCGGUAAUCAUGGAGCUAGAGCGCCAGGAGAAUAUCCUCAUCAUCGGUCACCAGGCCAUCUUGCGUUGCCUCUACGCUUACUUCCACGGACUGGCCCAGGAAGACCUCCCGUACAUCAAGAUUCCCCUUCACACGGUUAUUCAGCUAACACCAAAGGCGUAUGGAUGUGAUGAGAAGAGGUUCCAGUUGCCUAUCGAGGCAGUGGAUACGCACAGGCCCAAGCCGCCCAAGCAGAGCUUUGUCGUCGAGGCAGAGACGGCUGCUCCUGAAGUAAGCAAAGAGGAUGGAAAGAAAGACGAGGCACAGUCGCUGGAGGAGGCUAUGACCUCUCUGCCGCCUAGUCAGAUUAGAAGAGGUUGAGUGGAUAGGGUUGCUCACUUGCAUAGAGGUUGGCCAUGCGUCUGCCGGCCGGUACAGGGCAUGCGGGUUUCCCCAUAGAGGCGUGCACAUCUGUCACUUGUCGCACUCUCCAUCAUCCAAUGAUCAUCUUACAGCUCCUUUAAUGCUCCAUCGCAAGGUGAAGCCGAGG